GAAGAUUUUUUUUUUUUUUCUGAUAAUCCCUAUCGGCUGAUCCUAUCACCGGAAAAACCGCACAUCAGUCCUGGGUUUAAUUCUCUUUGGAAACUAAAUUAUCACUACUUGGUCAGUCUGAAAUUGGGUUUCGACCCAAAUGGUUUAUAUGGUAGACCAUAACAAAUGAUCAGUCCUAACAUUAGUCGGAAGAUAUUUUAAAUUUGGAUUAGGUAGUGUGAUACAUUUUCGGAAUAGUCCACUCUGUAAAACAUCGAAAAAAUGUUAUUAACAAUACACAAAGCAGCUAUCUAAGAUUUGUUGUCCUUAACGUUUCUUAGUUUUUACUUUUUAGUAUAUUAUAAACAAAGUAUUGUUUUCAAGAUCAAAUCAAAUUUGAUUCUCAGGAUAUUUUUUUUUUCAAAAAAGGACGCAUUUAACUUUUAGUUCACAAUUGUUUCUUCUGUGGAUAUGUACUGCUUUGUGGCAAGAUGCAGGUAAGGUAUCGUUGUAUACUAUUGUUGGGUUAAAUAAACUAGCUAUAAUUAUUUGGUGUGGAUAUAUAAACUAUUGUAGGGUUAUAAACUAGCUAUAAUAUAUUACAUGUAAUGAAUGGUCUUGAGCUUUAUUAAACAGGAGGUGAAGAAGCAUGAUAGAAAGCAUACUUUUAAUUCAACUGGCUGCAAUUUCCCUACUAUAUAUACGUAUGAAUUAUAACUUUAUAAGCUUUUGUUUUAUGUUCACUAAUCUAUAUGAAAAUAUAAGUUCAUUUAAAAGUUCAUUUAAUUGUCAUUUCAACAUGCAACCUUCUAUCAAUUAAGGUAAGCCGAGUGUUUAAUGAGCAAUGAGUUUUGCUUUAUCGAGGGUUCGUCUUACUAAUCUAGGUUAAUUAUGGAAAAAAUCACACAUGGUUAUUUCACUUGUUCCAGUCAUAAGCGUGUGAAUGUGUGAUCUUUUUGUCUAAUACUCUCGGUUAGUAUCAUGUUAAACAGCAUGAACUAUAUGCCAACUUUUACUCGCAUGUAUCGGAAAAAUAAAUACGGAAAACUAUACUUAAUUAGUAUUAUGAAUAAUUAACAUGACAUUUUAACUACAUAUAAAGAUGAUAUGAUAUUAAUUAUAUUUUAAAAUUUCACUAUCGCUUACCUAAUUACGUGCUAUGUUUUUCCUGUUUACUUAAUUAAGCAAAACAUGUUUGUCUUUUCCCAUGAUUCAAAGUCUAAUCAAUCGAACCUUUUAAAAUUUUCAUAAAUCCAAAUUAGUCACUUGACUCUUCCAUUAAUUUAUCUAAAUUUAAACUGUGAAAAUUAUUAAAAUGAACUCCAUCAUGCCGUUUUACACUGUGACAUAAAUUUAUAAAUAUUCACGAGGAUUAAAAAAAAAAAAAAACAGAUAUUGAAAAUAGUUAUUAAUCAACCAAUAAUAGUGGACUCGUGUGUACCCAUAUCUUUUCAUUAAAUUACCAAAAAAAAAAAAUUUUAGCUUGUCAGAGUUCACGUAACAUUUGGUUUCAGAUACGUUCUUAUCAAAAUCAAAAGUUAAUUAGUAUUUGGCAAGUUAGACACCUGAGAGUUCCAAGUUUGGAGUCUAGUCAAGCUGUUUAUUCUUAUUACACAUGUAGUUAGGGUCUGUAAUUAGAAUCAUUGAUCGGGUCUUAAGUAUCUUUUCCACAAAAACAAAUUUCUAUAAAUAUAAAUCAAAGAUGUGUGGAAGAGUUUUGUCCAUUGAUAUUCAAAUAACUAAAUCCCCUCUUUCAAGCAUGUGGCUUUGACGAGUACUGUCUUAUGUCGUCAUAAGUUUUUUCUAUAUAUAAUCAACGAAUCUUCUUUGGUAGUGAGAAAAAGAUAUUGUGAACCAAACUCAUAACUAACUUUCAGAUACAGGCUUCUAACUCGGAGAGACAGAGAUAAAGUCUGUAUACUCUAUAGUUGGUUUGCAAUAUUUUCUGAUAACGUGGUGAUAAACUAAUCAUGGAAGAUCAGGUCAUCUCCAGCAAGAAUCCGGAUCUCGUCGAGAAGCCGACCAAUGAAAAGCCACCCGGAGUUAAUAGAUACGCUCUUCAGUGUUCUAUUGUCGCCUCCAUCGUCUCCAUCAUCUUUGGUUACGAUACUGGUGUUAUGAGUGGAGCAAUGGUGUUUAUUGAAGAAGAUCUAAAGACUAACGAGGUUCAGAUCGAAGUUCUCACCGGAAUCCUCAACCUGUGUGCCCUUUUCGGAUCAUUGCUCGCCGGAAGAACCUCAGACAUAAUCGGACGUCGUUUCACAAUCGUCUUGGCCUCAAUACUCUUCAUGUUAGGCUCAGUACUAAUGGGUUGGGGUCCAAAUUAUCCCGUUCUCCUAACCGGUAGAUGCACAGCCGGUCUCGGCGUCGGUUUUGCUCUAAUGGUUGCUCCAGUUUACUCAGCCGAGAUAGCAACCGCUUCACAUAGAGGACUCUUAGCUUCUCUACCUCAUCUCUGCAUCAGUAUAGGAAUUUUACUAGGUUACCUAGUCAAUUACUUCUUCUCCAAGUUACCAAUGCAUAUCGGUUGGAGGCUGAUGCUCGGCAUAGCUGCGAUCCCGUCGCUAGUGCUAGCGUUAGGGAUCUUGAAAAUGCCGGAGUCUCCACGGUGGUUGGUCUUACAAGGCCGUCUCGGAGAAGCCAAGAAGAUACUGAAGUUAGUAUCGAACUCGCCUGAAGAAGCUGAGCUACGGUUUAAAGACAUCAAAACAGCUGCUGGAAUCGACGCAAAUUGCGAAGAAGAGGUCGUGAAGAUGGAGAAAAAGAAGACUCACGGUGAAGGAGUGUGGAAAGAGCUAAUCUUAAGACCAACACCUGCGGUAAGACGAGUUCUUUUGACUGCGUUAGGGAUUCAUUUCUUCCAGCACGCGACGGGUAUCGAAGCCGUGCUUUUAUACGGUCCGAAGAUCUUUAAGAGAGCAGGGAUCACGGCGAAAGACAAGCUUUUCUUGGUUACAAUCGGUGUCGGAAUCAUGAAGACGACAUUUAUUUUAACAGCGACUUUCUUGCUUGACAAGGUAGGUCGAAGGAAGCUUUUGUUGACCAGCGUUGGAGGAAUGGUUUGUGCGUUGACGAUGUUAGGGUUUGGGCUCACGAUGGCACAAAACUCUGGCGGGAAACUAGCUUGGGCUUUGGUAUUGAGUAUAGUCUCUGCUUAUAGUUUUGUAGCGGUUUUCUCUAUUGGGCUUGGGCCGAUAACUUGGGUGUACAGCUCUGAGGUUUUCCCGUUGAAGCUUAGGGCACAAGGAGCGAGUCUUGGUGUUGCGGUGAACAGAGUGAUGAACGCUACGGUGUCCAUGUCGUUUUUGUCGUUGACUAGGGCGAUAACUACCGGAGGAGCUUUCUUUAUGUUCGCUGGUGUUGCGGCGGUGGCGUGGAACUUCUUCUUCUUCCUAAUGCCGGAGACGAAAGGUAAGUCGCUUGAAGAGAUUGAAGCGCUUUUCCAAAGAGAUGGUGAUAAUAAAACAAAAGGCGAGAACGGCACCGCUUAGUGUGUUGUGUUUUUCUUUUCGUUUGCCACUCUCUUUUAGCGUUUGCGAUGUUCUUUGUGUGUGGCUUUUAUCAUAAGCCAACGGUCACGUUCGGCGCACAGUUUUAGUAUUUGUUAACAAUUUAUGAUCAACGACUCAUAAAUCACCAGUCUUUUAGUGUUUGCGAUGUUCUUUGUGUGUGUGGCUUUCAUCAAAUUAUAAACCAAGGGUCACGUUCAGCGCACAUUUUUAGUAUUUGUUAAUAAUUUAUGAUCAACGACUCGCAAAUCGCCAAUUACUAGCAAACAGUGGCCAAGUAUUAGCCAAAGAGAAUGAGCCCUUUUUCCUCUCAGAUCAAAAUCGAGCUGGUACUUUUGCCAUUACACAAUGAAUUUGAAGAGAGUGAGCUUGUAACAUAAUGGAAAGUAUCAGACUGCAAAUCCUGGAAUGACGGUUCGAGGGUUUGAUGUCUCCAUUCAGGCGAAGAGAGCUGGCAGUUCCUUUUCUCACUUAAGCGGAUACUCUAAGUAAAAUAUUAGCGAUCUUUUCUAUCUAAUGAAUGGGGAGGGGGAGUGAAUGGGGAGGGGGAGUCCGCUUUGAUAUCAUCGAAAGAAGGGUACUAAGUAGCUAGGAAUGCGGGCUAGCUAGUAGUUUAGUGAUAGCGGUCGGUCGGUUCGACGUGGCUCUAAUGUCGGCGAUGAAGCUAACAAAUAGGGAAAAGCAUAUGAUCUCUUGGAAACAAUUAAACAAUCUGUGUCAUUUCUUGGAGAUGAUACAUAACUACCCUAUUAUGUGUUUGAAUGAUUGAAUCUUCCUUCGGCCGCUUCCGAGGUUUUAUCCUGGGCUUAAUUAUAGCCCAAAUACUUUUGUGGGCCGUUGUUAAUCUCUGAGUCAAAUAAAGAAAACGUGCUUAGUUAAGACGCAUGGAAUCGGUAAAACGCCAACGAAGUCAACGACCCCAUAGGUUAGCUGUCCAUGUCCUAAUAAAACGUCUUAAAUUUAUUUUUCUCUUGUGUACAAACAACCACCUCUCAUUAAAAACGCCACUAAACACGUAACCUCACCCCCAAGAGAUCACAUCUCAACCGUUGAUCGUACCAUCGAAUUAUUCCAUCUCGUCCGUCCAUUAGUCCCAACACUCUGUAUAAAAACACGCCUUGAUCUCAUUGGUUCUCAUACCCGCUUUUUUUAUCGUUAUCUCUUUAAGCUUUUCGUUCAUCGCUUUUCUCUAGAUCUCUCCGUUACGUCGAUUUGAUGACGUAUUGGAAGACUCUCCGAUUCAGUUCUGCCGUCGAUCUUCGAAUCGGCGUCGUAUACACAAUGGAUCUGGUAGCUCCGGUUUGAUUCAUGAUCCAGAAGACGGAUCUUAGCUGCUGAGAUCUCCGAUGAUCGGUUGAAGAGCUGAUCUGAUCUCGCAUCAUGAUCUCGGCAAGCUAGGUUCGUCGGAUCCGUGAUAUGCUGAGGUGAGGAUGAGUCCGGGAGGAGCAAUUGAAGAAGAGGGGAGAGGAUUGAGAUAUGUGAAUUGAUAAUGAGUAUGAAGGAUGUAUAAGAUGUUUGUUAAGGACGAUAUAGCCUGAUGGAUUAGGCUUGAGUUCUGAUUAGCAUCUUUGUCAUCCGACCUUUGCCAUGACAGGUGCGCUUGCAUGGCAGGUCACACACUAAAUAAUAAUAAAAAUAAUUGUUUCGUGUUGGUUAGGGGAGUUCGCACGGGGCACUUUUUUUUAGCCCGGGUUCUCCCCUCACCUUUGUGUCUUGUUCUCUCUCUCUCUCUCUCUGAUCCCUUUGAUCUCAAUUCACCAAAAUAUCUCUCGACACAGACAUAUUUUGAAUCGAUUCCUAUCAUUACGAUUGAUCGGAUCUGGAGUCUAACGCUGCCAUAUCUAAAUCCAACAUACUCCACAGAGGCAAAGGUACAUUAAGUUUGAGUUUAUUCAUAUUAUAUAACCUAUCAUAACUCCAAAUCGACUUUAAUUUUGCUAUAUCAAGCACUUUUCAACUUCUGUAACGAAGCUAUAUACAUACUUGGCUAGUUAUUUUUUAGUAAGCACAAUGUUUUAGCAACAUGUAUCCACUUUUAUAGUAUAUAAUACAAAGAAGUACGUUAAGAGUCCCAUCAGUUUGCCAAUACUGUAAGCAUGUUGUCUUGUAUGAUUAUAUCUAUGUUUUUCAUAGAGCUAAUGGCUCUGGUGAUAGAAGACCUUGGAGGUAUCGCCAUCUUCCUUAAUAAUAGAUGCGAUGUUAGCAGUGGAUAAAUCGAGCGCACGAGUGUGUUCAUGUUGAAGCAAUGAGGUAUCUUAAAUCAAGUAACUUGUCUGACUUUUUGUAUGUAAAAUUAGAUACAGUGUUUCUUUGUUGAAAAAGAGUAUUUCAUUGUUGGCAAGUUAAAGGAACCAUCGAAUAUUUAGCGAAAAUCUUACGUUGUAUUUUGCAUAAGGACUUGUGCAUAAUAAUUUGUAUUGUUAUUUUGAUGUAGGCAGUUAAAAAAGAAAAAGUUGUGCAUUGGCCUUUAA